AUAAGAAUAAAAAUGAAGAAAUUAGAUCGAACGAAAACACAGAGGAAACGGCUAUGGCAUCGAAACCUUCAACACCGCCAUAUCCAAGUGCUACGAGAAUUUCUGACUCUCCUUGCUAUCCUCAAUAUUCUGCUUCUCUCAAAUGUCUAGAAGAAUAUCAAUCAGACAAAAGCAAAUGCCAAGAACACUUUGAUAUUUACAAGGAAUGCAAGAAAAAGGAGACCACCAAGAAAACCCAAAACCGCCAGAAGAUCGAAACCAAGAAGCUUGAAAACAAGAGCAACAAACAAGUCAUCUUCUCGAAGCACCGUGCGGGUCUUUUCAAGAAAGCCGGCGAGCUCAGUGUCCUCUGCGAUGCCGAGGUCGCCGCCAUCGUCUUCUCUCCCAACAACAAGGUCUUCUGCUUCGGCAUUCGAGCCCCGAGACCGUAAUUCACCACUACUUUUACAGCACCACCACUAGUAGUAACACUAACACUUCUAAUUCUUCGAAAGCGGCGGCGGCAGCGAUGGCUUCGACCGCCGCUGCCGCAACCGGAAGAGAGUUGGUGCCGGUCGGAGAGUUCAACAGGGAGUAUAGAGAAGCCAUAAAUGAGCUGGAGGUAGAGAAAAAGAGAGAAAAGGAGGUGAAACUUGCGUCGAAGAAAAGAAGGUGGCGUGGAGUGAGAGGUUCUGGUGGGAGGAAGAGACGGUCGACGGAAUGAGAUUGGAGGAGUUGGAGCAGUUCAUGGCUGUUUUGAAGGAGAUGAAAAGGAAGGUUGUGAAUAGGACUGAAGAGUUGAUGAAGAAUAGUGAUGCCGCUUCAAACGGUGCCGUUUUCGCUCCGCCACUGCAAGUUUCGGGUUUUCAUGGAGGUGGUGGUGUUAAUAAUCAAGCUGGGUUUGGUGGAGAUCAUGAUCUUGUUGUUGGUGGAGGAGAAGACGGUUCAAGUUGUUUUGGGUUUGGAUUUGAAGUGGAGACUUUUGAAUUUAUUUUUUCUCUCUCUCUCUCUUUUUUUUUUUUUUUUUUUUUUUUUUUGGCCUUUUGUUGUAUGUGAAUGGCUGACUUUGGAAGACAAUAUUGUUUUUAGUUUUUUUUUUUUAAUUAAUUUGCUUUUUCGAUGGGACA